CUCGAAAGCGGAGACCUAGCGUUGACGUCACGCCAAUAUCCGGGUCCUCGCGCGGUGUCGCUUGUGCGCAGGCGCAGUUCAGCCGGCGGUUCGACCUCUGCUUUCGAAGUCCCAGGCCGCUCAAAAUCACUCUCCUCUCAAAAUGUUCACCUGCGCGAAGUUCGUCUCCACACCAGCCCUGGUGCGUGCUGGAUCCAGGUCCCUGUACAGGCCGGUUUCUGCCGCUGUGCUUUCCAGACCGGAGAUCAAGCCUGAGGUCAGCGGCUCUGUGCUGUCUCAGUCGGCCCUCGCUCAGGUGGCCCUCAGGAGCUUCCAGACCAGUGCUGUGAGCCGUGACAUCGACACCGCUGCCAAGUUCAUCGGAGCGGGAGCUGCCACCGUGGGAGUGGCUGGAUCCGGUGCGGGAAUCGGAACCGUGUUCGGGAGCCUUAUCAUCGGAUACGCCAGGAACCCAUCUCUAAAGCAGCAGCUCUUCUCUUACGCCAUCCUGGGUUUUGCUCUGUCUGAAGCCAUGGGGCUCUUCUGUUUGAUGGUCGCUUUCUUGAUCCUGUUCGCCAUGUGAAAAUCUGCUAGUUACCUAACAUUGCAUAACAUUUAGCACACUUUCGAAUUACGUAUUUUUGCUGUUGCUUCCAAAACUGCUGUCGGUCUCUGCGAAAAGAGAAAGCGUAUGAAUAUAAAGUCUGAAAUCAUGAAACAAUUAAAUAUUGUUCAACUGUUUAAACCCUGUUCAUGCCCACCGAAUGAGAAAAGCAACAGCUCCGUCGGUGCUACUUGCAUAUCAAGCUGAAACUCACCAUGGAUAUAAAGAACCUGAUAGCACUUUCUCUACAUCAGUAUAGGGGUAAUGUUGUGUGUGUAGAGCCUGUAAGGGUCCAUUCAGGGUUAAACUGCUGGUUGAUAGUGUGACUGUAAAUUUAUAGCAGUUGGUUGAAAGCCAAUUAAAACCUCAGUUGCUUUUGUAAAUUGCAUUAAAUAAAUCUAGAUCACAGUUUACCGUA